AAAACGACUGUCCUCCCUCCCCCAUAAGUGUUUGAGUAAUAUGUGUACGGCCGCCAAGACGAAGGAACAAUUAUGAACGUAAUCAAAUCGGAUAACUCUUAAAAUCCAAUAAUUUCUUUCAGCAUGAUGUUUGCACGGACGUUGAUUUUCAUUGGAUUUCUAGCUGCAGCUUCUGCGUUGCCUUUGGAUCAUGCCAAUUGGCAGCUGGUUCCCAAUGCAAAUGGGCACCUACACUUGGUGAACACCAACCCGUACAAUUUGGCAGAGGUGGAUCCCACAGAGCCGGAAGUGCACUUCAAUCCGGAAACAGACAUCAUUUUCACAUUGUUCACCAGAAGCAACCCAACUCAGGGUCAGGUUUUGCAAAUCAACAACGCGGGAUCCAUAACCGGUUCGAAUUUCAAUCCCGCCCAUCCCACUCGGUUCAGUAUCCACGGUUGGAACAGCAAUGGGAACCACUUUAAGAACACGGGAAUCCGUAAUGAACUGCUAGCUCGGGGUGACUUCAACGUGAUUGUCGUGGACUGGGGUGUUGUUGCCAUCAACCCGAAUUACAUUUCAUCUCGCAACUUCGUGGGACCAGUUGGAUUUGGGGUCGGCAGGUUGAUCGAUCGUCUGAUCGAGCUGAGGGGAGCCAAUGUGAACACCAUUUAUGCAAUCGGAUUCAGCUUGGGAGCUCACGUGGCCGGGAAUGCCGGAAAGCAUUUGAAUGGCCGCUUGAAUUCAAUCAUUGCGUUGGACCCUGCCGGACCGUUGUUCUCUGCCGGACAGAGUGACGCCGUAUCGCCACAGGACGGUCUUUAUGUGGAAACCAUCAUGACCAACGCUGGACUGCUGGGUAUCAAUGUGCCACUGGGUCAAGCCAAUUUCUAUCCCAAUGGAGGCCGAACGCAACCGGGAUGUGGAAUCGAUGUUUCUGGAGCGUGCGCACACGAUCGUGCUCCUCACUUCUAUAUUGAGUCGAUUCGGUCCUCGGUACCAUUCCGAUCGACAAGGUGUGCCAAUCAUAACGAAAUUCUAAAUGGAGUCUGCACGCCCAGUGGAGCAAAUGCCAACAUGGCCGGAGAACCGUCAAACUUUGGUCGUGGCGUUAAUGGAAUUUUCUUUUUGACAACUAACUCUGCAGCUCCUUUUGCGCAGGGUUAG